AUGCAAAUCGUCGUGGUGAAGUACAUCCAGAUCUUCUGCCUCACCGUCUUCGUGACCAACAACAUCAACUGCGAUCAGCUGCUGCUGCAGAACGCCAGCGAGGACCGGAAGCUCUACUCCGCCGUGUCGUGCACGGCCAAGUGCCUGGACGACGACCCGACGAAGAAUCUGUCGCUGUGCUACAAGAAGUGCGGCUCCGGCGGCGACACGGGCGGCGGCCGGCCGAUAAAUGCCAGUGACACAUUCGGCGUGCGGCUGCUCUGUCGCGACGACACCAGCCUAACCCUGGAGGUGGUCAGUGAAUCCGCAGAGGAAGAGGAAGCAGUCCAGACGGCCGAUUCUAAUCGCCGGGCGCGUGGCAUGGACUUCUGGUCGACCUCUUCUAAUGGCACGGCGAGGAAAACACUUGGAAAUUCAGCGCGGAGGUCAAGGUUUCGCCCUUGCGACUCUUGCCUCUACCUCGUGAAAAUCAAAGAGGCCAGCGAUCUGUCGUACAAUGAGAGGACAGUGUACUUGUCCAACAGCUCAAUCAUCGAAAUUCGCAAUUUGGAGCCCAACAAGAGCUACAAUGUUUCCGGCACGGUCAUCAACAAAUUCCACGAAUACGCGUUCAUUGGGAAGGUGUACAAGUUCAACACUCUGAAGCAGAAUCACAAACCCUUGGAGAUUAACACCACCACUUUGGACACUUACACACUGCAGCCGCAGAACGACUUCCUGGACGCCGUGGUGCAGUGGAAGCCGACCGAGGACUUCAUUUGCCACUACGAAAUCAUGUGGUAUUUCUCAGACGAGGGCGUCUUCUACAUCAAAAGGAAGGACAUCAACCAGACAGAUCCGCACUACAGAUUCACGCUGCCAAACAUCGGCUUCGGCUCUGAGCUGAGUGUGUCAAUUCGCGCCUUGAAUCUCAAGAAUUCGUCUCAAGAUCGCUCCCACAAGUGGAUUACCAGAAAAGUGCCCACGUGUCUGGAUUGGUUCGACAACAGCACUGAAGCGUGCGGUAAAGCUUUUACACAGAUUUCGCCUCCCGAGCCGAGGAAUAUUGGCAGUCAGGAGGAAUUGGUGGAAAAUCACGUGUACAACAUCAAUGUGACCUGGGAUCGUCCGUUCCUGUCGCCAGACUUCUACAUUGUCAACAUUUCAGAUCUCUUCGACAAUACAUCGCUCAGCGGAUCCCUCAAUGUGUCCGGAGACAGCACGUGGGCAUUCUUUCCCGCCAUUCGCAUCGUGGGCGUUCAGUACGGAAUUACGGUUAUUGCGCGGUCCGCUGGAGGAUUCUCCACAGCCAAGGGCAGUAAAUUCUUUGACAAGAAUUUGCGCGUAUCGGACAGUUUGGGCAUCUUCGGCAUCCUGCUGCUCACUCUAACGCCCAUUCUCUUCAUAACUGUGGCUGGCGUGGUGUUUGUGGUGCUCUUCCACCGGCGGGCAAAGUUGAGGCGCAUCGAGAAGCGCCGGAGGUACUUUGAGGAACUCGAGCAGAAGGCGCCCAUCGAUCCGAAUUCCAACUUUGAUAUCAAGCACAGCAUGUUUGGCAGCGCAAUUAACAUCGACACAAUUGACUCGGACUCAAUGAUGCUGGCCAGCGAUGAGCUGGAGGUCAGGAUGGAUCAGGUGACGAUUCUUGGGGAGCUUGGAGAGGGAGCUUUUGCUCUGGUGCGCAAAGGAGUGGUGAAAAUGGAUGACGGCACUGAAAAGCUGGUCGCCGUGAAGAUGCUUAAGAAGAGUCCGAAUUCCGAGGAGAUCAAGGAGUUCAAACAGGAAAUUGAGGUGAUGAAGUCUGUGGGAUUUCAUAAGAACAUUGUUGGUCUCCUGGGACACUGCACAAAGGACAUUCAUCGAAUGAUGCUGCUCACAGAGUUCUGCAGCAAAGGAAACCUCCUCAACUAUCUGAGACUUGAGUGGCUUCACUUGACACAAAUGCACCAGGAAGUGGCGCGGCAGGAGAGGAAUUCCCCUAGUCUGACGCCAGCGCUGGAGAAGCAGAAGUGUCCGGAGAGCAUCUUCAAUUUCGACACUUCAUUGGGCGACAAGAGGUUCCGAAACUACAAGAGUCUCGAGGGUACGGAGCACUAUGACCAGAUUUCGCCACAGGACAAGAAGUCCUGCACGAACGCCUGUCGCUGCCUCGUGGAGAUCGUGCAGCCCAUCGAGGCGGACGCCAAUCUCAAUGACCUCAGCACGUCGAGUCUGCGGAAGUGCACCAUCAAGAUCACGGAUUGCGAUUGCACGGCGCCCAGGAUUCCCAACGCCGUGGAGAACCGCAGCUACAACGGCGUCCUGGCCAACGGGACGCUCCUGUCGCCGUCCCGAAGGCACUCGCAGGACGACGCCGAUGGCAAGUGCCUCACGAAGAGGGAUUUGCUGCACUUUGCGCGUCAAGUGGCCGUUGGAAUGGAAUUCUUGGCAUGCAAUAAGGUCGUUCAUCGCGAUUUGGCUGCCCGGAAUGUGCUGGUGUGCGAGGAUAACGUGGUGAAAAUCUCUGAUUUCGGCCUCAGCAGGGACGUCUAUCAGGAGAACAUGUACAAGAAGGUGGGGAACGGGAAGCUGCCCAUUAAGUGGCUCGCCCUCGAAUCGCUCACGCACCAGGUGUACACAAGUCAGAGCGACGUGUGGUCCUACGGCGUGCUGCUGUACGAAAUCCUCACGCUUGGCGGAAAUCCCUACCCUUCCGUGCCCACGAAUCGCCUGCUGACCCUCCUGAAGUCCGGCUACCGGAUGGAGAGGCCCGGAAAUUGCGGACCGCAGCUUUACGAGCUCAUGUUGUCCUGCUGGAAGAUAAAUCCUCACGACAGACCCAGCUUCAGCGACAUUGUCGCGAAGGUUAAUGACUUGCACCAAGAUUUGCCGGAAAAUGAACCCAUCAAUCCUGAUAAUUUACGCGAAUCGAAGUAAGCAAGUUCUCUUAAGUCCAAAUUCUUAUUGAAUUGCAAAAGAACCCGCGAUUUCAGGGAGAACUUUAACCUUUCUGCUCAGACAAUUAAGAAACUAGAAGAAUGAAACACAAAAGAGAAGAAACAAUAUGAAGAAGAAAGAACUUAAGACAUUUCUUUUAAGAUAAGAGAUAAGAAAUUUGCUCUGUUUUCCUGCAGGGAGAAGUCCAGCACUGGGGAAUCCUACUUGAAGCCCUUAUAGUAUUACUCGUAUCGCUGUUACGACCUGGAAUCAACAGAUUGAUCCAAAUAUUCCCUUCCCGCACUUUGAGAG